AUGAAAGAAAAUAUAAGAAAUUUGAAGUCAUAUAAAAUAAAUCAUAUCAUCCGUCACUUCUUAACACUCAUAUGUUUUAAAACGGUUUGUUUGGCACAUGAGUGGGCAUCUGAAUCACCUCAAGUAUGGGCUAAAGAGCCUCAAUAUAGUGGAGCAAAGAUUACGGCAUUGGAUGUGAUUUGUGGUAAAGAGUAUAUGACUGUUAGGGCAGAGUUUAGUGCGCCUUUCAAUGGGAUUAUAUCAUCGAAAGGCACGUAUGGACAGAAUAACUGUGUUUAUAUUAAACCAUUUUCAAGUAUAUCUCACGCAACCUUUAAUGUUAAAUACGAUGAAUGUGGUACUAAACCUGAUCUUCAGGGAAAGUAUUAUGAAAAUACUAUAGUUAUACAGUACGGCACUGACAUUAUUGAGGCCUGGGAUGAGGCUAAACGAUUAAGAUGUGAAUGGUUUGAAGCUUAUGAAAAACCCGCAACUUUUAGACCAGCAAUUCCUGUAGCUGACCUGGAUGUGAUCGAAAUGAAUUUCCAAGGAGAUGAGAUUGAUUGCUGGAUGUCUAUUCAAGAGGGUAAAGGUCCAUGGGGCCGGGAGGUGUCCAGAAUUGUUGCAGUCGGCCAACCAAUGACUAUAGUUGUGGCUAUAAAUGAUUAUAAAAAUCAAUUUGAUAUGAGAGUGAAGUCAUGUAUGGCUCACGACGGUGUCAAACCUGCCAUUCAAUUGACUGAUGAAUACGGUUGUGUCUUACGGCCUAAAAUGUUGUCAUCUUUUAAAAAGAUUAGAGAUUCACGAGGAAAGGCUACCCUUAUAUCUUAUGCACAAUUCUUAGCUUUUAAAUUCCCAGACAGUAUGGAUGUCCAGAUUCAAUGUACUGUUGAAGUGUGUAGACAUGGAUGUGCUGAUGCCUGUCAAGAAGAGAGUUCACAAAAUGUAAAAAAUCCAUCGAUGCAAGUGUCGGCUGGAAUGCCACACGUAGUACCACAACAUACGACACCUAAUCACGACCCAAGAGAUUCAUCUCCGACUCGACCCGUCAGACCAGAUGAAGAACCACAGCCAGUAUUUCAGAACAUUGACUCUUCAAUGACUGCCACUAUCGAUCAUAACCAUCACUCAGAUGAAGUGACAAAUGAAGCAGUUGAUGAUUACCAGGCGGUUCCAUCAAUUCAACAUUUAUCACACAUUAACCAAAAUUUUGAUCAAAUGGCUGAACACGAAAGUCAAACAAAUCCUGUGUAUAAACCACCUGAUCAUCAAAUUCGUGACAAAGACGUAAAUGUGAAUCAAAAAUUAAAAAUACCAAAUCUAUCGGAUUUAAAAUUAAGACCCGAAGACAUCAAUAUUGCAAACAAAUUAUUGUCAGCUCAUAGUCUAAACAAAGACAAUAUUGAUUUAAGCAAUUUGGCCGCAACUUUCACACAAGGAUUACAACAUCAAGAUAUCAUGUCUUUAAUGCAAACAAAUAAUGUCAAAGAUUUGAUCUCAAAAUUCAAGAAUCGUAUGGAAGAGCAGCCAAUCGCUGCAGCGCUUCAAUCAGUUAAUACUAAUAACGAUAUAAUUAAAGACAUAAAUCAUAAUAUAUCGCAAACAACUUUAUUAACCACUGAACAAACCGUAACCAAUUCAUACAAUACUUUAAAUACAGAGCAAACAACUGUUCAGUUUCAUAACGAACCUGAGAUACCUCUUACAGUUAAUACAGAUUUUAGGCACCCAUACAAUCACAAUCACAAUCAAAAUCAAAAUCAAAUACCUUUUAAAGUUUUUAAUAACAAUAAUAAUCAAUUAAACAAAAAAACAUCAAAUUUAAUUGAACAUCAAUUACCAAAUAAACCUACACCAGUAGUUCAAGUACUUGACAUUCCUCUUCAACCAGGUCUACCAUUUUUACAAAUACCAGUGCUUCCUAAUAAUUUAAUUAAUAACAAUUUAAUGAAUUAUCCACAAAAUCCAACAUUACUUAAUAAUAGUCCUUUAAAUAACAUUUUAAAGCGUGUCAUUCAUCGUCCACCACAUGGUUUUCCAGCUAUUCUUCCUAAUAAUCAUUUUAUGAAACGAAAAGAGCAGCUCUAUAAUGAAAGAACAGGAACUGGAGGCUCUCAUAUACCAUUUGGUCCCCGAUCUCUUAGAUUUAAAAGAUCAAUCAAUCCAACGGCCAAUGAAAUCGGAUUAAAGAAAGGCUUUCAAGUGGUAACGUCUGUUGAUUUAGAUUUCUUUCCGAACAUAACCACAGAUACGGCGCCAAUAUAUUCCGGUCGAAGAGAUAAUAAUAUUAUUUAUGGUGUUUGUCUUCCAGUCGCCCAUUUGGCCACUGGACUCAGUUGUAUUUUAUGGCUAAUUGUAGUCUCAUUUUCUUCGUGUGCUUUCAUUAUUUAUAAAUUAGAUAAAUCCAAAAAGUCAUUUCUUUCUAAAAAUUAG